UCACCAUCGUCAACGGUUACAUCGACCUCUGACGAGGUCGAGAACACAACUUUGAAUGGAGGUGACGUGACUGAAGCUGUGACUCCAGGUUCAACGAGUAAAGACACAAAAACAACGCUGAAAGGUCCCAAACAUCAUCGAACUACCCCAGAACCCGACACAACAGCUGUCCCUCCAGUACAUCCUCUACUGCUGUUCGUGGUAAAGGGGUGAAAAAGGGUCGUCCAAAAGCCCACCCACAUCAUCCAGGAAGACAGAAACACUCCACAUCUUCUCACAUACCGGAACAAAAAAAAAAGUGGGAAUCUUCUUCUGAGAGUCCUACUGAUGAGGAGCACGAGAGUGCCAGUGCACGUACUUCCGGUGACGUUGACGAAGACAGAGCCGGGAACACUAAGGUAACACCAGCCCCUUCAAGGUCAUCUGGAAGCCAUGGCGACACUUCCGAGAAUACUCUUUCUGUCGACGAGGAUACAACGACACAGCAAGACAUGUCUGAUACCAACGCAGGACUUUCAGAUGAUGAUAGUACGUUACAGAGCCCUGGACAGACCCUCAAUCUAGAUUCAACAGAGGUCACUAUCAAGGCCGGUCAUUAUACAGUCACCGUCAGCCAUGACAUCCUCGACGCUAUUGUCAACUUCUUCAACGCAGUCGACGCAAAUGCGGAUGACGUCAUCGACAGCGUUGAGGUCACGGACCAGUGGGAGCUACUGGAUGCCGACAGUGAUGGAGUCCUGAGCGCCGAGGAAAUCCAUGGCAAGAUGACGUGGUUCGAGCUUUACGCCUUGGACGUCGACGGAGACGGUAUCGCCACCAACACCGAGUUCGAGAAGGCCACCAAGUCACUGGAUCUGGACGGAAACGGGAAGGUGGAGCUGAAUGAAUUUAUUGUCAUGAAUGCGUUGGUUCGGAAUCAGAACAUUGACAAACACAACACAUACCGCCGCUAGAGGUCGCUUCAGUCACUUUCGCCAAGCUGCUGCCUUUUGCUGUGUUGUAUUUCUGUAUCAUAUGUUGUAUUUAAUCUAAUUUCUUGAUUCUGUUCUAUCCAAUACACAGUUCUCUGCCUUUCUGUCAGUCGUUAUCCUCCGUCUAUCUUUAUCGCUCUGAGCUUUCGCCUACCUCUGAGUUAUCUCCCCUUAUGCUAUAUCUUAACGAUGUACUCUCCAAAUCAAGUUCAAGGACACUCACAACUAGAACGCUGGAUUGCAAUACCCACCAGCCACAUUAGCUUCAGUCAUAUGAAGAAAUCGGGUGUUCUUUAAGUCUUUUAAUUAGUACAUUUUGAAGCUCUCUAUAAGCCGUAACAGUGAUAUAAUGUAAAUAAAUGAUUUUAUUGACCUGUU